AUGACUAUAAUAGUUGGACCCCAUAUCUCACCUCAUCUUCCUACUUCACCAUCUCACAGGCACGACCCAGAAUCUGCUUCUGUGAAUGAAUUCCAGAAAAAGUUCAAAUUAAACCUGAUGAAGAAGUUUGAGUGUUUGAAUGGAGUGAUAAUAAACCUGGGAAACCAAACACUCCUGAAUGAGAUCUACACAGAGCUCUACAUCACAGAGGGAGACAGUGGAGAAGUCAAUAAAGAACAUGAGGUGAGACAGAUCGAGGCAGCAUCCAGGAGAACAACAACAGAGGAAACACCAAUCAAAUGCAACGACAUCUUUAAGCCCUUAUCUGAACAAGACGAACCCAUCAGAACUGUGCUGACAAAGGGAGUCGCUGGCAUCGGAAAAACGGUCUCUGUGCAGAAGUUCAUUCUGGACUGGACUGAAGGGAAAGCAAAUCAGGAUAUCCACCUCAUAUUUCCACUUCCUUUCAGAGAGCUGAAUCUGAUGAAGGACCAGAAACUGAGUCUGAUGGAGCUCCUUCAUGUCUGUUUUAAGGGAAUAAAAGAAACAGAAAUGUCCAGUUUGGAAAAGGUUCUGUUCAUUUUUGACGGAUUGGACGAGUGUCGUUUUCCUCUAGAUUUCCAGAACACAGUGAGAGUGUGUGAUGUAACUGAAUCAGCAUCAGUGCAUGUGCUGCUGAUAAACCUGAUCAAAGGGAAUCUGCUUCCCUCUGCUCUCAUCUGGAUCACCUCUCGACCAGCAGCAGCUGAUCAAAUCCCCUCUGAGUGUGUCCAUCGAGUCACAGAGGUACGAGGGUUCAAUGACCCACAGAAGGAGGAGUACUUCAGGAAGAGAAUCAGUGAUCAGAGCCUGGCCAAUAACAUCAUCACACACCUGAAGUCAUUAAGAAGUCUCUACAUCAUGUGCCACAUCCCAGUCUUCUGCUGGAUUUCAGCCACUGUUCUAGAGAGAAUGUUGGGUGAAGCAGAGAGUGGAGAGCUCCCCAAGACUCUGACUCAAAUGUACACACACUUCCUCAUCAUUCAGACAAACAUCAUAGGAGAAAAGUACUCAAAGAAGCAGGAGAGUGAUGAAAUGUUUCUUAAACUGGGAAAACUGGCUUUUCAGCAGCUGAAGAAAGGGAACCUGAUCUUCUAUGAGGAAGACCUGAGAGGGUGUGGUAUUGAUGUGAGAGAAGCAGCAGUGUGCUCAGGUGUGUGUACGCAGAUCUUCAGAGAGGAGUUUGGGCUUCACCAGAGUAAAGUGUACUGCUUUGCACAUCUGAGUAUUCAGGAGCACCUCGCAGCUCUGUAUGUGCACCUGACAUUCAUGAUGGAAAAGAGAAAUGUUCUUAUACAGCAUCAGGACUCUAAAUGGUGUAUCUCACAUUUACACUAUAGUGCUGUAGAUCAGGCUUUAGAAAGUCAGACUGGACAUCUGGAUCUUUUCCUUCGCUUUCUUCUGGGUCUCUCACUGAAGUCCAAUCAGAAACUCUUACAGGACUUAGUAACACAGACAGGAAGUAGCUCCCAGAGAAGAGAGGAAACAGUUCAGUACAUUAAGAAGAAGAUGAGUGAAGAUCUUCCUACAGAGAAAUCCAUCAAUCUGUUCCACUGUCUGAAUGAACUGGGUGAUAAUUCUCUAGUGGAGGAAAUCCAACACUACCUGAAAUCUGGAAAACAAAGUGAAUUCUCUUCUUCACAGUGGUCUGCUCUGGUGUUUGUGUUACUGACAUCAGCACAGGAGCUGGAAGAAUUUGACCUGAAUAAAUAUUUCAGUACAGAUAAGAUAACAGAAACUGUUCUUCUGAAGCUGAUGCCUGUGAUUGCAGCCUCCAGAAAAGCAAUUAUCAGAUGUGAUUCACUUGGAGUGAGAAGUUGGUCAGCUCUGGUCUCAGCGCUCAGCUCAGAAACCUCCAAUCUGAGAGAACUGCAUCUGACUGUGAAAACACUGAAUCUGUCCUGGAAUAAACUAGGAGACUCAGAAUUGAAGAGUCUCUGUGUUGGACUGGAGAAUCCUCACAGUAAAGUGGAGAUACUAAGGUUGUAUAAUUGUGGUGUCUCAGAUGAAGGCUGUGCUGCUCUGAUUUCAGCUCUGAGAUCAAACCCCUCACACCUGAGAGAACUGUCUCUGUCCUGUAAUAAACUAGGAGACUCAGGAGUGAAGAGUCUCUCUGCUGUACUGGAGAAUCCUCACUGUAAACUGGAGAAACUGUGGUUGCGUGGUUGUGGUCUAUCAGAUGAAGGCUGUGCUGCUCUGACUUCAGCUCUGAGAUCAAAUCCCUCACACCUGAGAGAAAUGGAUCUGUCUGAUAAUAAUUUAGGAGACUCAGGAGUGAAGAGUCUCUCUGCUGUACUGGAGAAUCCUCACUGUAAACUGGAGAUACUGAGGUUGGAGUGUUGUGAUGUAUCAGAUGAAGGCUGUGCUGCUCUGACUUCAGCUCUGAGAUCAAACCCCUCACACCUGAGAGACCUGUAUCUGUCCUGGAAUAAAAUAGGAGACUCAGGAAAGAAGCUGCUCUCUGCUCUUAAAGAUGAUAAACAUUACAAACUACAGACGCUGUGGGUGUGAAGAACAUCUGUGUGUGUGAUGAAGACUCCGGUGUUCCUGCAUUUCACUGUUGGGGAAUAGAGAACACAUUUAUAAACACAUCACUCAUUUAAUUAUAACACAUUAAACAGACUCAGAGAUGUGAGAAGUGUGUGUUCAUCAUGCACAGUGAAUCAGCCUGCACACGAUUCUACACUGAGUGUAUAACCUCUGACCCCUGGAUAAAAUUCCCUGGACCUCCUUCUCAUUAAAAACAAAACAAAACAAAAACAAACAAAAAAAAAAACACCUGAGGGAUUAUUAGGAACAGCAGGUGAAAAAGCACAUGACCUCGAGCUGAACCCAGUCAGUGGAAGAGAGAGCUAAAAUGGACAGGAACAGGUUCAAGACAUUGCUGGAAUUCUCACCUGACAGGAUUGGCAUCUGUGGAGUUUAUCUGAGGAGUUUAUCUGAGGAGUUUAUCUGAGGAAGCCUCUAGGAGACUCACUAUAAUCACAUUUAUCACUUUGUCCUUUGGUUAAUUAAUGUAGCAGUGUUGUUGUACUAAAUAUAAAUACUUUUGGAAAGAUGCUUGUACAAUAUAAUUAAUGCACCUAACUAAGAACUAACUGAUGCAUUAUAUAGUUUUAAUGGUUUGUGAUUCUUCUGUGUUUGUGAUAAAUAUUUGUUUAAUAUUGUAAUAUGUUUUACUAUCUUUACACAUUCAUAGUAAAGAUGGAUACAUAAUUAAAAUUAUAUUGUAUUUAAACACUUAAAAUUUAUUGCCUAAUUGUACAAAUCAAAUAUAUUUUUGAGAAAUAAAAUACAUAACUGUACAAUGCUAUUAUUUUUAUUGUUUAAAAUUAACUUGAAAAUUUAACAGCAUUUUGUAGCAAAAUAAUUUUUUAACAGUUCUUCAAAAAUAAAUUUCUGUUUCUGAGUUAUGUUUAACUCAGCAAUUUUAGAGUCGACCUUUUUGAGGAGACUCAACUGGGAAUGAGUGUAUAUGAGCACAAACACCUUCUUUCUGUUGUGUAUCUUUUUACAUGCUUCCCUCUCUCAUCUUUUCAGGCAGGUCAGCGGUGGAAUGUCUACAUUGUAGACUGGUUUUUGACUAAUUGAGAGUGUACUUAAAUAAAAUGCCUUGUACAUCCUAACCUUUUCACCUUUUAAUUCUAUGUUUUACUGUACAAUAAUUGUUCUUCUGUAUCAGCCAGCACUUUUCUCCACAGCAAUAAAUUGGCAUUAGAUUUUCACUUUUGUAAGUGAUUGGUAACUUUUGUAAGUGACUGGACAGCAGAUAGAAACAGACAGAUGCUCAUUGAGACAUAAGAAGGGAGUGUUGAUCAAGGUCAGGGAAAAAACAAAACAAAACAAGGACUCUGUCUGAGUGAAACCUCUUUUAAAAAAUCUUGUCCUCAUAAAACCUUUUCAAGAUAAACAACUAACUGCACACACUCCCCAAAUUUAAGAUAACAUGAAUAUUUAAUUGUGGCAAAGAAGAUUGGUCUGAAGAACGGCAAAACCCUGUGGAGAAAGGUAUGAAAAAGGGCUGUGUGUAUUUGCAUUUUUUUUUUAGAUUUUCUGCAAACUGUCUCACUUUAUUGUUUCAAUAAAAUUUAAUUACUUUUUGACAUCUA